AUGGAGAUGUCCUCCCAUGGGUCUGAAGGAGGAGUAGAACGAUUGGGGAAGAUCAAUGAAAGCCCAAGCAACUCCGAAAUGUCAACGAGAAUUGGAUUUUAUGAAACCUACCAGGUGCCCCAACCUAGAACGUUUUUAGCAUGGUCAAACAGUUCUAGUGAUGACAAUCUUAACCAACAACAGAUAAACACUGCGUUCGUCAACCUUCUAAGUCUAAUACAAUGGCCUGAUAUUCCACUAAAAGAGCUCCAGUAUUGUAACUCUACCAGUCCCAAACAAAGUCAAUAUCACAUAGUGAAUAAGAGGGUCAAGUACAAAGUUGGAGAGACUUUAGAAGUUCUCAUCAUGGCCAAAGACCACAUGGCUCGACCUAAGACCUAUGGAGGAGACUUUUUUCAGGUCAAGCUUCACUCUCCGAAACUUAAAGCUGGAGUGACUGGCCACGUGAAAGACUAUAGAAAUGGGAGCUAUCUAGCAACAUUCCUCCUGCCAUGGCCCGGGAAAGCACAAGUCAACAUCCGUCUCAUUCACUCCAGUGAAGCCGUCUCUGUGUUGAAGGACAAAAGAGAGAAACAUCCAGACAAGGUCUUCUUUCAUGGGCAUUUUCAAUCUAAUGGUGUUAGUGAGGUAAAAGAGUGUAAUCUGAAGGUUUCAGGAGAAAACAUAUGUGAAUAUAAGGACCCUGUUACUGAGGAAAUAUGGCAGUGCGUUAAGCCACAGAAACUACCAUGUGACUCCUGGAUCUAUCACUCCAUGGGUGGAUAUCGUCAGGUGACAAAUGCUGUGGAAAACGCACUCUUAAGUAGAUCUGUCACUAAUAAGAAUAUUCCUAGCACAGAGUCUUCAAUCAACAUUGAGCCACAAAGCACUAUUGAUCUCACCUCCAGCCUUUCAGUUUGUAAGACUGGCCAGGAGCCAACACAGCCCUCAGGGUAUUAUUAUAAGGACCAGUGGACAUCCCUGGUAUGUAUGGGGCGACAUUUCCCUCAGCCAGAUGAUGCUCGUGCCUGUCUACGUGGGAAAGAUAUCUACAUGUUUGGCGAUUCCACCCUACGCCAAUGGUUUGAAUAUCUGGAAAACUUCAUCCCAUCACUGAAGAGGAUAGAUCUCCAUCUUAAUUACCAGUCAGGGCCCUUACUGGCUGUAGAUGCAGAUUAUGGGAUAGUAAUGCGCUGGAGGGCCCAUGGACUGCCCCUGAGGACUACCAAGACCUUGACCUCUAACCUGCACUACGAGGCAGCAUACAUUUAUGGGAUAGGUGGAGGACCAUACACUGUUGUGGUUAUAACUCUCUGGGCCCAUUUCACUACCUACCCCAUUGCUGUCUAUUUGCAAAGGUUGGCCCGAGUCCAGAAAGCAGUGGCUUCUCUCUUAUUCCGGAGCCCGCAAACCACAAUACUCAUCAAAUCCGCUAACACUGGUUACAAGUCAAUAUAUGGAAGUGACUGGUUGUCCCUUCAGCUAGAUAUAUUAAUGAGAGCAGCCUUCAAAGGGAUGGCUGUUACUGUACUUGAUGCCUGGGACAUGACCUCUUGUCAUUACCUACCCGAUACAAUCCACCCAGGACCACCCAUUGUCAGGAAUGAAGUGGAUCUUAUGUUAUCUUAUAUUUGUCCCAAAUGAGAAUGAGUUCAUUAGGAUCUAAUUUCAAACCAAUGAAAAAAAUUAUUAACUGCUGCACUACAUGAGUCUCAAAAGCAGGAAUUAAAAGUACAAACAUGUUCACUGGGUUAGGCAAGGAUUAAGGGUUAUGGUCUUAGGAACUUACUUUCAGGGGUGGUUUGUUUUGAAAGCUCAGGUUUAUGGUCAAGAUGCUGAAUUUUAGGAUUAUUCUCUAAGCAGCAGCAACAUCAUCUGUGUGGACACUGAUAAUCUGGGUAAACUCCCAUAGGUCCAAUACGAGCUUUACUUCUCUGUCCUUAUUUCCAUAAACGAGGUUCCAGAGAAUGAGAAGUAACUGUUUUGUGAAACCAAAUCUCACACAUUUCAGCUAUGAUGGAUAAGAUUGACAAGACAAUACAUGAAAGAAGAGGGCUUGAUAAUAAGCUCUGUAUCUAAAUGUCAAACGAAAUUUCCUACCGAGUGAGAUUAUGUUUAGCUAUAAAUUUCUCCAAUUAUAGGGAAGGGGCAAUCGAGCUUUAUAAUCAUGGAAGCAUGUCCUAUAACUACACUCGUUAGGAUAAGCCUGAUUUUGAGCUCCUAUCCCAUAGUCUCAGGUUCACUCCCUGGUGUACCCCAUCUAGGAACACUGGAAACUGUUCC